GUAUGUGUGUGUGAAAGGGAGAAAUUCGCAAAGUUGUUGUCUCACCAAUAACUCACACACACACGAGCGAACAAUCUUUGACUCACUUGUACACACAUGCACACACACUUACUCGUAAGUAGCUGCAAAAAAUAUUGUGUAAAAACAAAAACAAACAAACUUUAUGCAAAAAUUUGUUCUUUAAAAACAAAUAAACACGACAAAAAGUGAACGUUGAGCGAAAAUUGCGACUUUGUGAGAGCGAGAAAGACACUGCGCGCGAGCACAUAAAUUAUUGGCUAUACCCGGCAACGAUCUGGCAACACCAACAACAACAGCACCAUCAGCAGAAGCAGCAGCAGCAGAAGCAAAAGAAAUUGCGUUGCGGCUUGCGCUUUUACUUGCGGGAAAAACUUAAGCAAAACGACGGAACUCGUGUAAAAUUUUAUAAUUUCAAUGAUUUAAAAAUCAUAGCGGAAAUCACAUAAAAUCACGGUACUACUAUACUAAAUAAAAAAAGUUGUCCAAGUGCAAAGCAAAAAAAAAAUUAAAGAAAAAGAACCAUUCGACAAACGAUUACUGCAAAUUUUUUCUUAAUGUGUACCAUUGACUAUUUUGCAAUAAAAAAUAGCAACAACAAGAAGAAAUACGGACACUUCAACACCAAGCAGAACAGUAUCAACAUUAACAGCAGCAGCAACAACAAAAAGGCACAGUUUGUUGCUGAUAGGAGGAGCAAAUCCAUAAAGCGCCUCGCAUAGUCAGCUGCAAAUAAUUGUGCGAUAAGCUGUCUCCAUAAAACUCAUUCUGGGCAUAGCAGGAACGCUUCAAACUGACGCCGACACCGACUAAAAUGUCAACGGAGCGUGAGCUGGCUCCCGGCGGGCCAGCUCAGCUUCAUACGCUGCCGUUGACAUAUCCCGAUCUGGGCACUACAUUGCAACUGAACUCGGUGGGCAUCAUUGGGAAAGCAUAUGAGUCACAGUGGACCCCCUCGCCCACGCGGCCUCAGAGUCCCUCUCAGGCGCAGACUAGCUUCGACACGCUCACAUCACCGCCAGCACCAGGCUCAUCAGUCAAUCCCACCGCUGUCACCAGUCCGAGUGCGCAAAAUGUGGCUGCCGGUGGUGCCACGGUUGGUGGCGCUGCAGCGGCCGCCGCCGCGCAAGUCGCCUCCGCUCUGAGCUCAACGGGCAGCGUUACUGCCGCCAUUGCCACCGCAGCGCCCGCUGCUCAACCGGACAUGCCCGUCUUCACGUGUCCACGCCGACCCAAUCUCGGUAGAGAGGGCCGUCCAAUUGUGCUGCGUGCCAAUCAUUUCCAGGUGACCAUGCCCCGCGGCUACGUGCAUCACUAUGACAUCAAUAUACAGCCGGACAAGUGUCCGCGCAAGGUGAAUCGCGAGAUCAUUGAAACUAUGGUACAUGCGUACAGCAAAAUCUUUGGCGUGUUAAAGCCUGUGUUCGAUGGGCGGAAUAAUUUGUACACGCGCGAUCCACUGCCCAUUGGUAAUGAACGUCUGGAGCUGGAGGUGACACUUCCCGGUGAAGGAAAGGAUCGCAUCUUUCGGGUGACAAUUAAAUGGCAGGCGCAGGUGUCACUCUUCAAUCUAGAGGAGGCACUCGAGGGGCGCACGCGACAGAUCCCUUAUGAUGCCAUCUUGGCUCUGGACGUUGUUAUGCGGCAUUUGCCCAGCAUGACGUAUACGCCAGUUGGACGCAGUUUUUUCAGCUCUCCCGAUGGCUACUACCAUCCACUGGGCGGUGGUCGUGAAGUUUGGUUUGGUUUCCAUCAGAGCGUGCGUCCUUCGCAGUGGAAAAUGAUGCUCAACAUUGAUGUUUCUGCAACGGCAUUCUACAAGGCGCAGCCCGUAAUUGACUUCAUGUGCGAGGUGCUGGACAUACGCGACAUUAAUGAGCAGCGCAAGCCAUUGACAGACUCGCAGCGCGUCAAGUUCACCAAGGAAAUUAAAGGUCUGAAGAUAGAGAUCACACAUUGCGGACAGAUGCGUCGCAAGUACCGUGUGUGCAACGUGACACGACGUCCAGCUCAAAUGCAAUCCUUUCCACUGCAGCUGGAAAACGGUCAGACUGUCGAGUGCACUGUGGCCAAGUACUUCCUGGAUAAAUAUCGCAUGAAGCUGCGUUAUCCUCACCUGCCCUGCCUGCAGGUGGGCCAAGAACACAAGCACACCUAUCUGCCGUUGGAGGUUUGCAAUAUUGUCGCCGGUCAACGCUGCAUCAAAAAGUUGACGGACAUGCAAACCUCGACCAUGAUCAAGGCCACGGCACGCUCGGCUCCAGAUAGGGAGCGCGAGAUUAAUAAUUUGGUGAAGCGCGCUGACUUCAACAACGACUCAUAUGUGCAGGAGUUUGGUCUGACCAUAUCAAACUCCAUGAUGGAGGUGCGCGGUCGUGUGUUGCCACCACCAAAACUGCAGUAUGGAGGUCGUGUGUCUAGCAUCACGGGUCAACAGCUGUUCCCACCACAGAACAAAGUGAGUCUUGCGUCGCCCAAUCAGGGCGUUUGGGAUAUGCGCGGCAAACAGUUUUUCACCGGGGUCGAGAUACGCAUAUGGGCCAUUGCUUGUUUUGCUCCACAGCGCACAGUGCGCGAAGAUGCGUUGCGAAAUUUUACGCAACAGCUGCAAAAGAUCUCAAAUGAUGCGGGCAUGCCAAUAAUUGGACAGCCCUGCUUCUGCAAAUACGCCACUGGACCGGAUCAGGUGGAGCCCAUGUUUCGUUAUCUGAAGAUAACAUUCCCGGGAUUGCAGCUCGUUGUGGUGGUGCUGCCGGGAAAGACCCCUGUCUAUGCGGAAGUAAAACGAGUGGGCGACACUGUCCUGGGCAUGGCUACCCAAUGUGUGCAAGCCAAGAAUGUAAACAAGACGUCGCCGCAAACUCUAUCCAAUUUGUGCCUGAAGAUCAACGUGAAGCUCGGCGGCAUCAACUCUAUACUCGUUCCCUCCAUUCGACCUAAGGUCUUUAACGAACCAGUUAUCUUCUUGGGCGCCGAUGUUACGCAUCCUCCUGCAGGCGAUAAUAAGAAGCCAUCAAUCGCCGCUGUUGUAGGCUCGAUGGAUGCGCAUCCCUCGCGUUAUGCUGCCACUGUGCGCGUUCAGCAACAUCGCCAGGAAAUCAUCCAGGAGCUGAGCAGCAUGGUGCGUGAGCUACUCAUAAUGUUUUACAAAUCCACCGGUGGCUACAAGCCACAUCGCAUUAUACUCUAUCGCGAUGGCGUCUCCGAGGGCCAGUUUCCGCAUGUGCUCCAGCAUGAGCUGACAGCCAUACGUGAGGCUUGCAUCAAACUGGAGCCAGAGUAUCGGCCAGGCAUCACAUUCAUUGUGGUGCAAAAACGUCAUCACACACGUCUCUUCUGCGCUGAAAAGAAGGAGCAAAGCGGCAAGUCGGGCAACAUACCAGCAGGCACCACAGUUGAUGUUGGCAUAACACAUCCCACGGAAUUCGACUUUUACUUGUGUAGCCAUCAGGGCAUUCAAGGCACUAGCCGGCCCUCACAUUACCAUGUUUUGUGGGAUGACAACCACUUCGAUUCCGAUGAGCUUCAAUGCCUGACCUAUCAGCUGUGCCACACUUACGUCCGCUGCACCCGUUCCGUGAGCAUACCAGCACCAGCUUACUAUGCGCACUUGGUGGCAUUCCGUGCCAGAUAUCAUCUGGUGGAGAAGGAGCACGAUUCCGGUGAGGGAUCGCACCAGAGCGGCUGCUCAGAGGACCGCACGCCGGGGGCUAUGGCCCGUGCUAUUACCGUGCAUGCGGAUACCAAGAAGGUCAUGUACUUUGCCUAAAAAGUAUACACCACCUGCUCCAAACAACAGAAAAACGAAACAGCCAAAUACAAAAGAAACGAGAAAAGUUGCAGCCUCACAUUUCGGACAUUGAUUGCAUUCGAAUAAUGCGUUUGAAGCCAAGCAUAUUUAUAACUAUUAAUUAGCCAGUAAGUCGUAUAGUUUUUUGAUUUAUAAAUGAGUUUUUAGAUUUUUCAAAAGAACACGAACACCACAAAACAAUAUUAGUUUUUAGAUACUUCACAACAAACAAACCAACAGGCAGAAACUCGGAAGAAAUACAAGAGUAAUCGAAUGUCAGCACAAGUUUGCGCAAUUUAGGGGGAAACCAAACUAAUAUCAAAGGAAUAUGUUAAACAAAUGUGAAAAUUCUCAAAAAAGCAUAGCAAACAAAAACAAUGGGAACAAAAUGCAAAAACAUCAGAAAAAUACUAAACAGAGCAACUAAAAGCAAAUACACGAGAAAACAAAACACACCUUAUUGUCAAGUAGAACGAAUGUCCAGUAAUUGUACAUUUAGAGUUAUGCAUAAUAUAUGAAAUAUAUUUUUGCACAAUACGUUGAGAAGAGAAAUAACUGAGAAAUUGCAUAGAACCAAAGGUUUUUUUUAGAGCAUACUUCGAAAAGUGAAAGCAGUUGCUGAUUUACAAACAAGCACCAACAUACACAACCACAUAGACACAAAUUCACAAACAUUCAAAUAAACAACAAACCCAACAACAACAUCAACACGCAGACACAUUUCAAAAGAACUUGAAUUCUCUGUACUGUGAACGAAGACAACCACCAAACCAAGCGUUAAACAAGCAAACAAACAACUCGAUAAAACAUUGAAAAUUGUAAUAAUAAUUAGCAAUUAAAUUUACUUCAAUAGCACGUGCAUAUUGUCAAAGGAAUAAAAUACAUUUAAUAGUUAUUAAGUUGGGCUUUACCAAAAACAAACAACACGAAAAGUAAACAUCAUAAACAAAUAAUGAUUGACAGAGGCAACUGCGUUGAAAUGAUUAACGCAAAAGGCCGAUUUCAAUUCGUCUUUUGUUUAUGUAAGCAAAGCGAUAUCAAUAUACUUUGUAUUUAGAAUGGUGACAGUGACAAAAAUACUUUUAUUAAUUUAUACAAAUACAUACUUAAUUUUUCAAAGUGCAAAUAUCACGCAAUUUUCCAUGCUGACUCCUAACCAUAUAAUAUAUUUAAUUUAGUUACCUAACUGAAAUGCUAACAACAACAAAUUAAAAAAAGCAUUAUUAUUUAUAAAUUUAACAAAGACACACGCAUAUUUGUAAAACGAGAAACGACACCAACAAAACGUUUUAUGGCAUAUCACUCAAUGUUGCAUAUUUGUAUACAAAUUUUUGGCUAUUUAUUAUUUUUUAAAUUGUAUAUUUUCCCACGCCCUUUUCAACUAUUAUACUUUAAUUAUACACAUUUUUUAAAACAAAUUCGCCUGGAGAGUGUCUCUUCGCACCAUAUUAACCUAAGUUUAUUUUAAUCUGAUGUUUUAUUAUUUGUAGAAAUUGCUAACAUGGUGUACGGGUAAAAACUAGAAUACUAUUAUAUAUAUAUACAUACAUUUUUUUCAUUCAACACACACAAAUUCAAUUUCAGUAAAUACUUUUUGGAAUUUUGUACAAAAGUAUAGAUAGUUUUAGUUUUAUUUUCAAACUUAAAGCAUAAAACAACAAAUGGAGAAUAAUAUUACACAAAUAAUUACUAUAUAUCGAAUUAUAUCAAGAUGGACACAGUUCAAGUUAACAUUAUGCUCAUUUGUUAUUUAAGCGUUGCGCGGUAUCAGCGCCAUUUGUUUCUAAAUAACUCUCUGCAGCUACCCGCUAAACGAUAGCAACUGAAAUAAAAAGGCAGCCGUAACCAUCAUACGAAAUGCAACAAAUAUCUGUUAAUCUUAAGUUGACCAUCUUUGCAAAAUUGAGUGUGCAUUAUUAUUACUCGUAAAUAUUUGAUUUACACAACACAAUUAAACAAUUAGUUUAUAAACGAUGCCAAGCGACAAGGGGAAAAAAACGAGAGAAAUUAGCCAAGCAGGAAAGCAGAAAAUGUUUAUUAGCAACAGCGUGUAUUUGUAUUUUGUUGAUAAAACACAUAAUUUAGUCGAAACUUUUUUGUAAAUUAACGUUUCAACACAAGGGAUUACAAAAUAAAAUUUAACAUUUAUUUCUUAAAUAUUUACUUAAAUUAACAAUACAAACGAAACAAUACAAAACAUGUCAAGCAUUAGCAUAUAUGUAAAUGCAUACAUAAAUAUGCAAAACAACACAAACAGAAAGCCAAUUUUAGUUUAUAAGAUUAAAUUGUCAUCAGUUGAGAUGUAAACGAAACAAUGCAAUAACAGAAACAAAAACAAAUACGAAAGGCAAAAGCAUUAAAAUUUGUUUUUAAGAAGGAAACCAUUAGACGGCAAUAUGUCUCAGCUGUGGCCAACUGCAGAGCCAGACACACGUCGUAUUCUCGUAUUCUUUAUAAGCUAGCAUGUAAUAACAAAAUGCAAAUAUUUAAGCGCUAGACCACAGCUGCAGCAGCAGCCUAAUGGUAAUAGGAAAACAUUUUUCAAACAACACCAGCAAGAACACCAUUUGUUUUUAAUUUAAGCUUAAAUGUGUCGACAAUUAAUGCAUCUCGUAAAUUUAAAUUUAAAAAACAAAAAGGACAAGAAGUAUAAAGCUUUAACCACUCGCAAAACAAAAUGAAAAUAAGGAAAUACAAUACAUUAAUAAAGCCAAUAACAAAAUCAAACAAGCAACCAGCAGCAGUUAAAAAUACAUAAACAAUAAAUAAUAAUACUUAGAACUUGUGAUUAAGAUUGAAGAGAGAAAAAACAACAAUUAUCGUCUUUAUAUAUAUACAUACAUAUAUAGCAUUAUAUAAAACUGACAAAGCAAAAUAAAAGUUUGUACAUGUACACGAGUAUAUCCAACUAUAGUACAUGUGUAUGAUGUACCAUAUAUAUGUACAUACUUAUGUCUAUUUCCAAAGGUAAACACACAAUUUGAAAUGGUUUCUUCAUUGUCGUGCAGCUAAACUAUUGACAGAUUAGUGGGUCGUGCAUGAGAAGAAGCUGCUGUACGAGUCUCCAACUCCUCAACUAUCCCAUCAAUGAGGGUAUGACUUUUUAAACUAUUCUCAAAGCAACAGUUAACAACUGGUGCCAUUUCUCACAAAGUUUACAUCCCAUAAUCAGAUCAUUCGGACAUGAAACCAUUCACUCCACCAAUUCACUCCUUCCGAAUAAUUCAAUCAGAUUGGAAUAUUGAGAGUCCAAACAGCACAUAAAAUUUUAAAAAAUAACUUACAGUGAAUACUCCUGACUUGUAUUGAAUUUGAAUUGAAUGGGGAGCCCCACCGUGAUUUUUCUAUCACUAAAGAGCUCUUUAGGAGUGAUUUACAAAGAGUACAGCUUCUUCUGUCCUAAUUCCCAUACAAAAGAUAUCGAUGUCUAGUGUAUACAACUCAAGCAGCACUUCUCCUUUUAUCUGUCAAAACAUAUACUAAAUUGAGCUUUAAACUUUGAAAAACAAAUUAACAAAGAUCAACAUGUUUACUGAAACUCAAUAAUAUACUAAAUUUAACAAACAACAAAAAUGAGUAGUCUUAAGUAAACUUAUAGAUGUCUAUGAUUAACUUUCGUAUAUACUUAUACAUAUAUAAAAAUACUUUAUAUAUAUAUGCAGAAUUCAUAGAAGCUACAUAAACAGCAUUGCACAACUCUUCCUAAAGGAAAUAAAAUCAAUUUAUGACACAAUUAAACAAAAAUUAUCCACGAACAUGACGCGGACUAACUCUCCAAGCAAUUAUAUACGUUACUUAUGUGUGUGUAUUUAUGUACUUUACUCUUCCAAUUAGUCCCCACAGAGAGCCCUCCCAAGAAAUGCGUGGUGAUCAGCCACAUACUUAUGUGUGUAUGUAAAGACAGUCCACUUCACUCCACCAGGUCCACUUUUGCUCCAGUUAGUGCUCCUUAACAAAACAGAGAAACAAAAACAAAACACAACAACAAAUGGGAAAAAGAUGAAAUCCUUAGCUGAAAUUUGACUAGAAAAAAUCUUGAAUGUAAAUCAAAGGUAUCAUAACAAUAUGGAAAGCUUAAAACUUGUAUGUGUACGAAUAUUAAAUAUGGUGACGAACCUUUACUUUAAACCAAAAUGCCGGGUAAUUAUUCAAUAAAAGUAAUAUUUUACAUUA